AUCUCAACAUUUUUGCAUCAUUUUUACUAGAACGCGCUCAACAAGCGUUGUUUUGUUUGUAUUAACCUUCUACACGCGUGCCGGUGGAAUUUGCGAAACAUAUUGUGAAAUUGGUGAUAUUUCUUCUAGCUGGUGGUUUUCCUCUACAAGCAGUAGGUAAUUUGUGCGAAAGAGUAAUUCACAGAUUACCCAGAGUUCCUUAAAGUAAUGGCUGAAUCUUUGGAAUACGACAUUUCAGCGGAAGUGCGAGGGGUAUUGACUCCUGGCCGCCUUAAACUCUCGGAGCAGAAUAUUGUCUUUAAAAACAACAAAACCGGCAAAGUUGAACAGAUUGCCAGCGAUGACAUUGACUUGAUAAAUUCGCAGAAAUUUGUCGGCAACUGGGGCAUUCGGAUUUUCACCAAAAGUGGCAAUUUGCAUCGUUUUGUUGGCUUCAAGGACAGUGAAAAUGAGAAACUGGGAAAAUAUUUGAAGAAAACCUAUAACCAGGAAAUGGUGGAAAAGGAAAUGUGUGUCAAGGGCUGGAACUGGGGAACGGCAAAUUUCAAAGGUGCAGUCUUGAGCUUUGACAAAGACAGCAAAAUGAUAUUUGAAAUUCCGCUAUCACAUGUAUCACAAUGUACCACGGGCAAAAACGAGGUCACCAUAGAAUUUCAUCAAAACGAUGAUGCGCCUGUGGGUCUUAUGGAAAUGCGUUUCCACAUUCCGGCCGUAGAAUCGGCUGAAGAUGACCCUGUUGAGACAUUCCAAACGAAUGUGAUGAAUAAGGCCUCUGUUAUCUCAGCAUCUGGUGAUGCCGUUGCCAUAUUUCGUGAGAUUCACUGUCUCACUCCCAGAGGUCGCUACGAUAUCAAAGUAUUCUCUACAUUCUUUCAAUUGCACGGCAAAACAUUCGAUUAUAAAAUUCCCAUGGAUUCGGUGUUGAGACUUUUCCUUUUGCCACACAAAGACAAUCGGCAGAUGUUUUUCGUAUUAUCUCUGGACCCACCAAUCAAACAGGGCCAAACACGCUACCAUUAUUUGGUGUUGCUCUUCAGUCCGGAAGAGGAAACAUCUAUAGAAUUGCCCUUCACAGAGGAGGAGUUGAAGGAGAAAUACGAAGGUAAACUUGAAAAGGAAAUAUCCGGUCCCCUAUAUGAAGUCAUGGGUAAAGUGAUGAAGGUUUUGAUUGGUAGGAAAAUAACAGGACCUGGAAAUUUUGUGGGCCAUUCUGGUACUGCGGCUGUGGGAUGUUCAUUCAAAGCUGCUGCAGGUUAUCUUUAUCCCUUGGAACGAGGUUUCAUUUAUAUACACAAGCCUCCCGUACACAUACGUUUCGAGGAAAUAGCCUCAGUCAACUUUGCCCGCAGCGGUGGUUCUACACGCAGUUUUGAUUUCGAGGUGACCCUUAAAAACGGCACUGUUCACAUAUUCUCCUCCAUUGAAAAAGAGGAGUACUCUAAGCUUUUCGAUUUUAUCAAUCAGAAGAAAUUGCAUAUCAGCAAUGUGGGUAAAGAUAAAGGCGGUUAUAAGGACGUCGAUUUUGGCGAUUCGGAUAAUGAGAAUGAACCGGAUGCCUAUUUGGCUCGUGUUAAGGCUGAGGCCAGAGAAAAGGAUUCAGACGAUGAGGAAGGAUCCGAAGAAGAGUCCACCGAUGAAGACUUUAAACCAAAUGAAAAUGAAUCUGAUGUUGCGGAAGAAUAUGAUUCAAAUGUGGCCAGCGAUUCAGAUGACUCGGAUGCUAGUGGUGGAGGUGGAAGUGGUGGUGAGGAGGGAACUGAAAAGAAAGAGAAAAAGAAAGCCAAAAAGGAAAAGAAAGAGAAGAAAGAAAGGUCUGAGCGAAAAGAAAGAACGAAGAAAACUUCUAAGAAGAAAGAUGCUAAUAAACCUAAACGGGCCACCACCGCAUUUAUGUUGUGGCUAAAUGACACACGAGAGCAGAUUAAAAAUGAUAACCCUGGCAUCAAAGUUACAGAAAUAGCCAAGAAGGCUGGAGAAAUGUGGAAGGAAUUGAAGGAUAAGUCCAAAUGGGAAGAAAAAGCAGCUCAGGAUAAACAGAGGUAUUUGGAUGAAAUGAAAGACUAUAAACCCACGGCAGAUGACAGCGACGAUGAAGGUGGUGCCAACAAAAGCAAAUCUGUUAAGAAGCGUAAAAAGGAAUCCGCUUCGCCCAAGAAAACGGCAAAUACCUCAGGAUCUUUUAAAUCCAAGGAAUACAUCUCAGAUGAUGAUUCAUCCUCAGACGGCGAUAAAAAGAAAUCCGAUGGCGACUCUGAACCGGAGAAUAAAAAGAGCAAAAAGAGCGACAAAGGUAAAGCUGAUGAUAAAAAGGAUAAGAAAGAUAAAAAUGAUAAGAAAGAAAAGAAGGGCGACAAAAAGAAAGCCGGCAGUGAGGAGGAAGAGGAAGAAGAAGAGGAACCCACAGCAUCGGAAGAAGAAUCUGAAGAAGAAGAGGAAGGUGAUGCAAGUGACUAAACCCCAUAUAGAACACAACUUUCCAUACGAUUUAACACAUCCCUUAAUGUUUAAACAUAUUUUUAGAGUAGUAGUUAAAAACCUCAAAACCUGUUAUACACGUUUAUGUUUUUUUUCGUAUACCUACAACCUGUAAAUGUAGAGUAACAAAGAAUAUGUUUCUUACAAUAUUACCUUAAUGGAAAUUAUUAUUUUAAAUUAUUUCUCUUUAUUAUUUAAAAUCUUUUGUAAAUCUCUAAAAAUAAACAAAAACUGGUCAAACAACUUUUAGAUGACAA